GAGCCGAGCGGAGCCGAGCCGUGAGGUGCCGGGGAGAGAGGCAGGCAGAGCCCGCCGGCGGCUCCGCACCCACCGCGCUGCGUUUCCCGGCUCGGCGUCUCCCUCCUUUGCCCCGGCGCCCGCCAAACUUUUAUCGUCUGGCCUCCCCCUCCCCGCCCCGGGGUGUGUGCGUGCGUGUGUGCGUGUGUGUAUAUGUGUGUGUGUGUGUGUGUGUGUGUGACGGGAUCGCCGCGCUCCCUGCAGCGGAGACCGAGGGGACGCGCAGCCCUCGCCCGCCCGCCCGCCGCCCGCCGCCGGGCUCCUGCGCCGCCUCACCUGCCGCCCGCUCCCGGGAGUCGCCAGCGGGGGGCCCCCGGAGGGACAGCGCGGGCGCUGGCACCCCGAGAGCCUCUUCACCGCUGCGGACCGGCUCGGCACAACUUUAGCUCGCUUCCUGCCGCCCACCCGGGGCCGCCGCCGCCACCGCCGUCGCUGCGGUCUCACAAAGAGCGCGCGCGGGGAGGGCAGGCGGGCGGGCGGGCGGCGGGCGCGGGCCUCGGGGCUGCCGCCUAGACAAAAGGGAAGCUGCUGUCGCUCCGGGCGCCCGUGCCGACCCGCGUGGGCUCACCCAGCCGGCCCGGGCGGCCUCUUCCUCGCCUCGGUGCCCGCGGGCUGUGCCCGCCGUGCUCGGACCCCGGGGCUGCGGGGCGCGCGUCGCCGCUGCCGGCCGGGGCCCCAGGGACAGAUAAUAAAUGAUAGAGGAUACGAUGACUUUGCUGUCUCUGCUGGGUCGCAUCAUGCGCUACUUCUUGCUGAGACCCGAGACGCUCUUUCUGCUGUGCAUCAGCUUGGCUCUGUGGAGCUACUUCUUCCACACGGACGAAGUGAAGACCAUCGUUAAGUCCAGCCGCGACGCCGUGAAGAUGGUGAAGGGCAAGGUGGCCGAGAUCAUGCAGAACGACCGCCUUGGAGGGCUCGACGUGCUGGAGGCCGAGUUUUCCAAGACCUGGGAGUUCAAGAGCCAUAACGUGGCGGUGUACUCCAUCCAGGGCCGGAGAGACCACAUGGAAGACCGCUUCGAAGUUCUCACCGACCUGGCCAACAAGACGCACCCGUCCAUCUUCGGGAUCUUCGAUGGGCACGGCGGCGAGACUGCAGCGGAAUAUGUAAAAUCUCGACUCCCGGAGGCCCUUAAACAGCAUCUCCAGGAUUAUGAGAAGGACAAAGAAAACAGUGUUCUGUCUUACCAGACCAUCCUUGAGCAGCAGAUCUUGUCCAUUGACAGAGAAAUGCUGGAAAAGUUGACGGUAUCCUAUGAUGAAGCAGGCACAACAUGUUUGAUUGCUCUACUAUCAGAUAAAGACCUCACUGUGGCCAAUGUUGGUGAUUCUCGAGGAGUCUUGUGUGACAAAGAUGGGAACGCCAUUCCCUUGUCUCAUGAUCACAAGCCUUACCAACUCAAGGAGAGGAAGAGGAUAAAGAGAGCUGGGGGAUUCAUCAGUUUCAAUGGCUCCUGGAGGGUCCAGGGAAUCCUGGCCAUGUCUCGAUCCCUGGGAGAUUAUCCACUGAAAAAUCUUAAUGUGGUCAUCCCGGACCCAGAUAUCCUGACCUUUGACCUGGACAAGCUGCAGCCCGAGUUCAUGAUCUUGGCAUCGGAUGGUCUGUGGGAUGCUUUCAGCAAUGAAGAAGCUGUUCGAUUCAUCAAGGAGCGCUUGGAUGAACCUCACUUUGGAGCCAAAAGCAUCGUCCUUCAGUCCUUCUACAGAGGCUGCCCCGACAACAUUACAGUCAUGGUGGUGAAGUUUAGGAAUAGUAGCAAAACGGAGGAGCAGUGAGUGCCUGCAGGGUCUCAGCUGCCCCAGACAGAGGACUCUGGACAUACCGUUCUCUCAGUGUAGUAAAAGGUGUGGGAAUUAUAAUUAGGAUCAUGUGUCCCAACACAGAACCCCCUCCCUGGUGACCUUUCUCUGCCAGGUGUCGAGCAGAGGGUUCCCCUGCUGACACUGUUGGGGGGGUGGGAAAGAGUCUGUGGUCCCCCAGCCCUUCUAUCAAUCAGUGUUUGAAAUGCAUCCAUAGGUAGCCGUCAAUCCCACAUGUGAGACACAGGGAGGUGGGCCGUGUAUUCUCUUCAAUGUUCUUUUCACGAUCUCUUUUGUGGUCCUUCUGGCAGAUUCCCUGGUGUUCUCUCCACACCUGUGGGCAGGGCAGGCCUGUAACUGCAGGCAGUGCAUCACCUGAUGAUGUGUGGUACCCUCUGCCUGCCAGCCUCCUCCGACAUGCUUUGUCCUCCGACACUGAGGGAUGCUUAGAGGAUGGAGAGUCGGUGGCAGCUUCCUGCACACUAGCCAGCAUCCCUUCCCCUCCCUUCCUUCCUCCACUAGUGUAGCAGACUCGGGAUGCGGUUAGCAGCCCUAUGCCUUCCCAUGGAGCACAGCUAUACCCUGUGCUCACACCUCACGAUGCACCAAGGGCAGCCGCUGAUUCACCAACAGCCCACAGGAAGGGGAUAAAGUGGGCGGGAAGCACUUCCAGGUGCAGGGUGACUGUCAGUCUCCAUGGGGAGUGAGGCCCGGAUGAGUCUCUUGGAGACUGGCUGUCUGCAUUGGAGAGUCAAGCGGGAGCCCGGGGAGUCACCACCUCACUCUCCAGAAGCUGCUGUCUACACAGCCUUCCCCAGCCCCGCUUAGUAGCUUUCACGUCUUUCAAACAAUGUUGGGAGAAGCAGCAGCCUAGGAUCACCCACGAGUGCUGUUCCCAGCCACAAGUUGGUAUUUGGUGGUAAACCACUGACACAUGCUUCCCGAAAAGAAAAAGUCCUUUCUUUCAUCUCUGGUGGCAAAUCUCUGUCCAUACCCAGUAGCGUUCCCCAGGCAAACACGAACUGCCUGCUGUAGCCCAGAGGAAAGCAGGAGGCUGGCUCCCGGGGAACCUGUGUGCACUGGCAACAGAGCUGGCUGGGGUUUCAAGCAAGAGCCCUAAGAGAGAAGCAGCACAGAGUUAUCUGGGGCCUGGACUGCUGCUUCUUCUCCUAACACCAAAGCCGUGGGGUCCCAGUCUCUACUUUAGAAGUUAAUUUAUAGAACAUUCUAGGCUGUCCUUUUGGACUGACUGAACCAGCCCCCAAACAACCAGGGUUCUCAUUGCAGACCCACACAGAGCCCACCUGUUUGGUUCUUCCUCAGAGUGAGCGCCUGUCAGCAUGGUCUCUCAGGGCCCACGUUAGCCAUCCCGCCCCUCUGCCAGCCCUCUGUCCUUCAGCUGCAGAGCUUGCCUGAAGCCCAGUGUGGAGGACGAAAGAUCAUCUUGGACUCCGAGGACUGCAAACUGUCUUUACUCCUCCAGGGACAUGCUUUUCUUUCACUGCAGAGAGAAUUAAUCAUGGUUUCCCAGGAAAUUUGCUUACUUUUGUAUCCUGUGUUUUCAGCAUUGGAAUUGGGGUCUUAGUUACUGCUUUUCAGAAUGUUUUAGUAUAAAGUAUAUUCUGUCGUGUCAGGCAGAAGCGUUUGCUUGUGGAGACAUGGACACGUGGAUGCGUGGUAUGGGUGGAGUAGGAGGGGCAGAGGAGACAGAUGUGGCCCCGUCAGUGAUGGACAGGCACUUGUUCCCUUGGGACAUUCUGGAUCCCCACAGCCCUUCUUCCAAAGGUAGAUUUGAUGGUCCCUAUAGUCAACUCCUCUUUUUCUGUAUUUGCUUAAUGCAGAACGUAUAUGAACAAGGGAAAAAUAAGUGGAGAAUCAUUUUUAUUGUAAAGAACAAUAAUGAAAUAAUGUUUUGGCUGGUACUCCUUGAGCGCUUGGGGGUUCUUAACUGGUGGCGCUGCCCACACUAGUUACAAAGCCUUCUAAUUGAAGUUUAUGGGCAUCUUGUAAAUUUUGCUUUGGAGAAGUAGCUCAUUUCGAACUGCAACCCAAUAGAUUAUAUAGAGAUAAAUCUCAUACUCCUUUCUCACCUCUUCCCCGCCCCCAUGGCUUGUAGAUAGAAAUUCUAGGUAAAGUAGCAGCAGUUUGAUGAGUAGUGAUAUAUAAACCCAGAGCACCCCUUUCCAUGUCCUUCCUGACCUGUGCUCAGCUGUGGGGAGUCUGCAGUUGGAUGUGACUGGGCACACUGGGCACGCCCCUCCUCUUGCGGCUGUGGAUGGUUGACUGUAGCUGCAGGAGCAAUGGAUCUGAGGGAGUACAUGGGAAGCUUCCGUAAACAGCACUGCCAGAGCUUUGGGAUGGUCCCCAAGGCUGCCCAGACUCCUACCUAGCCUGAGUUCGAAUUGCCAAUCAUCCCCACAGUGCCAAAUUUUGGGAGGGUUUUACAGUGUUUUAGAGACACAGCUGAUGCCAGUCCAGGCCCCAUCAGCCAGUGCUCUGCUGCUGCUCCCCAGCAAUUUGUGGAGUUGGAGGGGAGGGCAGGGAAAGGGUUUUUAAAGAAUUUCCUGCAUUUGCAGUUACUUAAUCAUAAAAAUAAACUAUACUAACCUAGAGCAAUCCAAAGCUCCUUCCCAAGACCUGUAUUUUUUUUUAAUAUUACCAACUUGCCCCAGCCAAUCUGGAUCACUGUUGUACCUCCCACGUGACCGAAUGCACUCAUUCCAGGUGGCCAGUGUUCCUUCUGUUCCUUGCUGUGAAAUGUAGGGACUGGCCUCUUGAAUCUGGAGUAUGUUAAGAACAUUACCAAGAGAAGGCUCAAGUGUAGAGCUUCCCCAGGCUAGGCAACUCAAGCUUGCUUCAUGUCACGCAACUGUAGAGCUUCCCCAGGCUAGGCAACUCAAGCUUGCUUCAUGUCACGCAAGUGUAGUGACUGGGCGGUCAUGCACAAAUGCAGAUGACUACCAGGGAGUGCUGGCCUAGCUGUUUGGACCCUCCCUGAAGUGGCCCGGGGAGCCGGCUCCACUGCUGACUGGGGUGUCUGGGAAUGCAGGAAGGAUUCACCAAGGGAGGGGUCUCUCUCCUUUGCAGGUACACUUUGUUGUCGUCCCCCCCCCACGUGUGUCUGUUGCUCCUCCUCCUCUUGAUUUCAGAAACAGCAGUCCUCUCCUGAUUGUCAUUAAACAGACCUAGAGCAGCCACCCAGAAUUGCCUUGGACUGUCACAGCAGCAUUCCCAAUUUAGGCCUGGAAAAGCCCCAAGUCAGAUGCCCGCCUCUGGCCGAAGCAUUUUUAUGUAGGCCUUUGGGCUACAUGAUUGCACCUUGCAGGAACAGAGGAAUCUAAUGGCCCUAGACACAAGAGAACACACAUUCUAAAGAUGUUUUUCCAAAUACGUGGUUCACUCUCACGGGAGUUGGGGAACCAUACUCCAAAGUGCAAAAUAAACUCAUGACUAAGCUAAAUGUCAUACAGGAGAGGAGAAAAUGUAUAUAGAUCCCUAAUACAGUGUCUGUGAGUGUCUUGUUUUCCAGAUUAACUUGAUCACAGAAAAUCCUCAUGACAUUUUAAUGGACUCCUAAUUCCCACUUUGGAAUUAGUGACAGUACAGUUUGGGAGUCAGCAGCCCUGAGCCUUUCACAUGCCAAGCUGCUUAGUGAUGGAAGCAGGGCCGGAUGCUGUGGUUUAAUGUGACCACCAAGAGUCUCCCAUUGGCAACAGAAGCCCAGCAGUCAUACUUGAAACUGUAGAUACCAUCUCCUCCUGUGAACAGGAAGCAAGGGCUUUGCCAGGCUGGCCAGGUCUCAGCUAUGAUAACGCAGCCUUCAGGUGUUUCUCUGUGGUUGUCUUUGCUUUCCAGAUUAAACCAAAAUAUUUUUGUCUCAUCAUUGACAGAAAAAAAAAGAAAAUAAUAUAACAGGAAAAGUACAUACUUGAUUUUAAUUUCACUUUGACUUUUAACCAUUUUUAAAAUGUAUGACAGAAAUGUCAACUGUUAAUAUUAACACAUCUUACCUCUGUUCAUUCCAGAUUCUGUGAAAUCAUUUGCAAUUUAGAGCUCAUACAUCAUGAAAUUCAUAUCCUAUUUUAACAUUAUGCACACACACACCUUUGCUAAGUCUGGCAACUUAUAAGGUUUUGUUAUAUUUCCCUAGCCAUUAUCCUCAGUCCAGUCAAUUUGCUUGGGAAGCUGUGACAGGUAACCCCAAAAUAAUGGGUGAAACAGUAAAUCUGGGGUGAAGUUACUAAUUUAAAAUUGCAUCCAACAUUUUUAGGGCUAUGCCACCUGCAUAAUAUGAAAUAGUAAAAACUAAAACUAAAGCUAAAAACAGCAUCCCUUGGACUGGGUUGCGGAUUGUCAAGGGCACAGUUGAUACGGUGGGGUCCGUGGGUACGUUCCUGAGUGUUCUCCACUGCACAAGCUUCUGCAGACUCUUAGUGAUGUUACUGCUUUGUCCAUUGUCCGUUUGGCUCAACACUGCUAUAAUCAUUUUAUACGUCUAGUAAUAACCACACAUCACAUGUGCAAUCCUAGUUCAGGUCACUGAGAAGACUACGUGCUGUUCGUUUUGAUAAAAUCAUCAUAGGCAUUUUUGCUGUUCAGAAUUAUACCAGGAAGCAAGCAUGAAGCAAAGAAAUAGACAUAUUUAAGGGUGUGUUUCCAUUUAUUCUAGAAGUCUUGUGUCGUUUAGCCAUAAAAGUCUUAUAUGUUUGCCACAUUGAAAUGAGUUUUAGAAACCUGUAAGACCAGCAUCCAGCUUGAGCAGAUUAUUUAAUGGUGGCAGCUUGGGGCUAGCGGGUUUUGAGGAGGGACAGGAAAAUCUACCCAAUCCUCUCCAUAUCUCAGCCCACAGGAACUACAUCAACCACACAUUCUCACAACACUCCAGACAAUCCAGACGUUGAAUGGGAGAGCAUGCACCCUUCAGGCAAUUUAAUCAGCUCAUUCAUAGUUUAAAGUGUGUCCAUAGAGAAGCAAAGGACAAAGCCACAGUCCCGGAGUGGAGCCGGGGCGGAAACUCAGGGACACUGAAAGUGACCUAUCUGUGGGCUUCCAGAUGCCCGCGCAUGUGCGGCUUCAGACAGUGACUUGUGACUCCUGCGUGGAGCAGGAUGGACCCAGGGGGUGCUGUUCCUGAAGACAUUAACUGAUACUUUCAAACAAAGCCUGAGUUUUCAACAGUGAAAGGUGUAAACAGAGUCCCAACUUCCUUUUGUCUGGGUGGAAUUUGGUAGAUGUCAUCUCAUCCAGCCCAGACCCUGGAUGUGGUGUUUCUUAGAACCUUACCAUUUUCAAAGUAAUGUCCCUUUUAUACUUUUUAAAAAGUCCUAACAGAGAUGAAAUAGUUUGAACAUGCUGGUGAUUUUCCAGAUGUCAACAGAGAAAACAGUGAGUGCCUGGUUGAUAGCAGGUAGUUUCAUAGAGAUAACCUGUGGGGGUGAUUUACCAGUCUUCAGGUGUCAUACAAAGUUAUGCUAUCCCCAUAAUUUUUAAUUAGCCCAGUAGAAAUCGUGUAUUAGACAUCUUUAGGUUGGGAGAAUGAUAUCCUACGUAAAUUUUAAAUUUGCCUCAACCUAUGUAAGGACAAAUAGGGACUGAUUAGAACACUGCAAAGAAUUCUGCUAUGUGGGAAAGCCUAAGCCCUGGGACAUGAGGCAAGAAUAUAAUACCCAGGCAGUGGUGUGUAAGCCUUUAACCCCAGGACUCCAGAGGCAGAGGCAAUGGUGUGUGAGCCUUUAACCCUGGACUCUGGAGGCACAGGCAGGUAGGUUUCUAUCAAUUUCAGGCCACUCUGGUCAACAGAGUGAGUUCCAGAACAGCUGAGGCUACACAGAGAAAGCCUGUAUUGAAGAAAGAAAACAAAACAAAGAAUAUAGUACUCUCAUAUGGGCUCUCAGUCUCUGUGUAUUCUUCAUCUGGAUCCCUUUAUCUUAAGACACAUUCAGAAAAUUGAAAGCAAAGUGCCACAAUUCCAUGUCAGAACUCCUAAACUCUGAGCUCUUUCCGUGUUAUUUUAAAAACGUGGCUUUAUGAGAGAGACCGGGACUAUCUUGCAUAUGUCCUCCCUAAGGGAGGGGUGGGAAGUCAGAAUGGAGCAGUUAGGGACCAGGAAGAGAGGGCAGGGCUGCCCCAUGGAGGGGCGAUAGAACCUACAGUUGGUUAAAGCUGACUCUUCUGUGUUUACUGUCUGGUUGUGUUGAGGUUUGUGCCUCCCUAGGUUCCUGGACUGGCUGUCUUACCUCUGUCUCUAUGGUUGACUUACCUCUGUUUAUACGUGAACACCUUAUGGACUGUGGGUUGUCAAAAUCAGAAAUACUCUGUGACAGUGCAACACUUAGCACUGAACUGCCUUAUCACAGAUGUGAGAGGACAUGGCUGACAGGUCCCCAGGCCUGAGAGGGUCAGUGGCAGGCACAGUCUUAGCAGUGGUCUGCUGGAAGCCAGGCUUCCUGUCCUCCAAACAGCCAGGACAGGAAGGAAUGAGAACACUGUGCCGUGUGCUUUUGCAAUUUCUGUUCCCAAGAGACUAUAAACUGUAAUGAUCUCAUGCCCCAAACGAGAACAUAAGACCGAGUGUUUCCCAUCAGCCUUCCUGACUAUGUAGAUGGGAAACUUAUCAUUGGACUACAAUUACUGCUUAACUUCAAAUGCAAACAAACACUAAAUGCCAGAUUCUUAAACAAUAACAACAUAAAUGGCCUCUCAGCACUACACAUUCUAAGUCCUAAGCAUAUGAUUUUAAGUUUUUCACUUUGAAAAAGAACAGCAAAAUCUGUAGGGGGGGGCAAAAAUCAGACUUUUUUUUUAAUCAAAGAAGUAAUCACUGUCAUCAUUUGCAGGCCCAUCCUCUUUCCUAAGCUGUCGGAAGGGCUGAGUCAUGGUGCCCUGCCCACUCAGGCCAGGCUGAUAGGAAACAGCACCUCACUGUACCAUGAAGUCAGCUUUGGGGGUUUUGUUUUCAGUCGUGAGCACUUGCAGAAGGAACUUCACCAGUUUCCGAUAAAGCUGAGAGCGUAGGUGGGGCCCAGCUUUUAAUAAAGAAAGUAGGAUGGGGAAGGGAAAGAGGGAAGGAAGCCCUGUACCGCCGGGGUAGUAGUUCCUGUGAGGGUACCAUAGCUCAACACUUCUGAGCACAUCCUGUCCGGGUUUGGAAACUCUGGCUAUGUAUGAGCUGUUCCUUAUGUCUCUAUGACAUCACAAAAUUCUUUCCUUUGGCACCAUUUCCUUGCUACUUUAAACAUCAGAAUGGAUUGUUUAUCAGAAGGUACCAAGAUCCAUAAUGUAUCUGCCGUGGUUGAAAACUCGACAUUAUGUUUAAUGACGAACACACAGGUGGGCAUGACAGCUUCGUCAACCCAGCUUUCUGAAGUUGGUCCCCAAAACCAAUCUGUACAUAAAACCCUUGCUGAGACCCUAGUGCACUUGGAGCUAUGUAGAGCUUUUCAUUUCUACUGUUUAUACUUGUCUCUAAGAGACAUGAGGAACAAGGUUUGGGAGGAGCUCAGAGCAGGUGGUGAUGCAGUCACUCGAGAUGCGUGGCCUGUCACUUGGUCCCUUUGAUGUGCUGGGUACAGUUGGCAUUGUAGCGAUUGCGGUGUUCAUGCAAUCACCGACUCUGUUGUAUACAAAAUAAACAGCUCAAAGAAAAAGCAAACACAUUAAAGCUGUUAAACUGUA